UGCAUAGAUUCCUCAACUCGUUUGCUUCUUUGCCUAGAGUGAAAGCUUAUAAUCUUAUUAAUCAUGUCUCUAGAUCCCUGAUGACUCUUACCAUUCACCCCGUGCAUUCACUCAUGAUCGACUACUAGUCCGCUUAGAGCAAAGCGUCUGUGUCGACCUAUAAAGUCUCCAAUUCUGUGUGCGUAGUUGGAAUAUUUUCCUAACAUUCCUGCAGCUACUCAAACACCCCCUCUUGAACACUCUUUGUCUCCAUUCUUGAUCUCUUCUGUUUAUACCAGACAUCACUGAAUUGAGAGACCACAACCCACAUUUGCUUGUCUAUCAGAAACUCCCGUGUCAAUCCAAAUCUCUUGAACUAUGGGACCUGCUCAAGCUUCCCCUGAAGCGGAGCUCGUGCGGAAGCCUCCUCUCACUCCAGCACAGCUCGCUCAGCUGAAGAACUCCCCCAAGAUCAACAUACUGAUUGGAACCGUCGGCAAUCCCAUCAUCGCCGUCGAAGGUGUGCCUCGCGCAAUCCUGUGCUACUAUUCAGGAUACGCGGAGAAGCAGCUCGCUAGCAAGAACAACUUGCUCAUCGAAAAUGGGCACAAGACAAUCAUUCAAUGGAUCUGCCAGUGGAUGGCUGCGGGUGAGAACGACACUUCUUCCCAUCUCAAAUUGGCCAAGUUGACUGUGCCCGGCCUGUGCGAUCUGCAUGCGCAGGCAAAGCAACUUGCCUACGGCGGUCUGAUGUUCCGUGUUCAAGAUGAACUGCGGGUAUGUAUCGGCAGCAAUCUACUGAGCAAGGCGGCAAUUCAUAAGCUUUACACGACGGUGCCUGAGCUCGCGACGCUGUGCCUCGCCCGAAUCAUCAGCAUCACCUUGCAACCUAGGUCAAUGGACUACGGUCCAUACAUGGAGCUUGCGGAGGAGAACAGCGCCUUCUCUGAAGACCUCGAGCAUGGUGUCAAGGCAACUCUUGGUCAGCGCGCCCGCCAGUGGCGUAAUUCGAAAGCACGCGCAGCACGCGUAACUCGCUCUCGACUCUUGUGCUACGAUUGCCAAACUCUUGGGCACAUCGCAAAGGAUUGCCCCUCCAAGCCUAAGCGUAAGCGUGGAGAAAAUCGUCGCGACCGGAAUUCGGAAUAUGUGGAGUAUGAUGUUGUGGAGCCCGUUGCGAACGGAGGUGGUAUUCGGACCUGCACGCGGGUCGUCAAGAGCGGCGAGGUGACUCGCACAGGACUUAUCAUUUAGAAGCAAGCUUCUACAGAUGACUAGUCCUGCACUUGUUGUAUUUGAUAUUGCUAAACUUUGGUGUAUUGGGUGGGAUUUUGUUUCAUUGUUUGCAGCCGUUCUCUACCAACAAAGUACGAUGAUGCAAUGCAUCUGAGUGCGUUCGGUUUCAUCAGAUAGCCACCUGGAUUCUUAUCCGUCAGCUAGAGAUAGGCACUUAAGCACCAUCUUAUCAAGCUCAAUUCUACUAUCUACUUUUGUCUUAGACUACUAUUUCCCCAUUCCCCGUCCUUCCCAGUCUAUCACAAAAAGACAUAUAGUAAGUGAACGAAAUUCGACCCUUCCCGGCCCAAACAGUAUA